AUGUCGCAAGUACCAGCACCUCCAGGGUUCGACCCGGAGCAGGCGGACAAUUUAGAAGAUAUCGAGAAACAAUUCGCCGUCAAAGCGGUCCAGCAGAUGACAACAUAUUGGGCAAUCCUUGAAAAGACACCCGGUUCGAAAUUGCGGCUUACAAAACUCGACGACGAGAUAUACGAGCAUUUCAAAGCAGAAUUCCCCGAAUUCGACCCCAGCGCAACCAUUGAUGAAGACGAGAUGAAGAGCAAAGAGGGAAAGGAGAGGUGGCGCAAGUUUGCCAUGGCCUAUGAGAAGAAAGUAAAUGAUUACAAUUUUGGCACGAUAUUAAGGAAGAAUCCAAAGUGGGAGUACGGCGAGAAGGAAACUAUAUUUGGUACGGCAUGCGCUGAAAAUGCUCUUGAUGGACCCUUCAGAGUGCAUCUGCUAAUCUGA